CGCGCCGUAGCUCAACCUAUCGGGAGGGAGCUUUACGCGGGCUCUGAGAAUGGUUGGGUGAGGCAGCCAUUUUGUUUGUGAGGAGAGCAGAGGAGGAGGCGGAGGGGAUAUCAACAACAGCAGCAGCGGAGACAGCAACAACAGCAGCAGCAGAGACAGCAACAACAGCAGCAGCGGAGACAGCAACAACAGCAGCAGCAGCGGAGACAGCAACAACGGCAGCAGCGGAGACAGCAACAACGGCAGCAGCGGCGACAGCAACAACGGCAGCAACAACGGCAGCGGUGAUAGCGAUGGUUGGGUGCUAGGAGAGCUGCAUUUGAGGUCGCGCACUAGCAGCGGCGGAGAUCAAGGUUAAAUUGGAAGAGUGAAGCCCAGCGAUUGUUCGCACAUGGCACUGCUGGCGGAAGCGCUUCCACUAGAGGGAGCUCCUCCGGGUAUUCUGUUGACUUCCGCAGCUAACCCAACAACACCUUGACAAUCACGGACGCUGACACAGCAGCAGCAGCCAUGAGCUUUUGCCAGGACAACCCCCCGCUGACAGCAGGCGUGUGGGGGUUGGAGAUCCCAGAGCGUUCGCUCACCCAGCUCUUCCCAGGACACUUCCACCUCCCACUGCCCCAGCAGCAGCAGGUGAAUACGCAGCAGCAGCAACCACAACAGCAACAGCAGCAGCAGCUAUCGGCAGAGCAGCCGGUGGCUGUGAUUUCUCCACACACGGUGUCUGGUCAGCGUGCCGUCACUGGGAAGGUGACCACGCUGCAGCUGCAGUGGACUACACUGCCGCACAUACAGCAGCAGCAACAGCAGCAGCCGCCAGCACAGCAACAGCAGACAGCACAACCAACACAGCAGGUGGUGCCUUCCCAGCAUGGGGUGGCGGCGUCUAUCAUCGUGGCGGGGGCGCCAGGAGCGACCGGGGUUCCUGUGGUGGGUGAGGCCGGCGGUCUGAGUGUCUGCUGUCAGCUACAGCAGCAGCCCCACCAGGAGGGACAGCAGGCGCAGGUGGUGCCUCAGAUCGAAUGUGGGAAUCUCACCCCACAACAGCCUCAGCAGCCGCAGCAACAGCAGCAGCAACUGAGAGCUGACCAGACGUUCAAGUGUGAGGGCUGCUGGAAGGAGUUGGUCUUCUCAUCGUACUUGUUACAGCAGCACCACCACCACCACAAUCACCACCAGCAGCCGCAGCAGCAGCAACAGCCACAGAAGCAGCCGCAGCUUCAGGAUGCGCAACAGCAGAGCACCGGCUCUGAAAGUAAAAGCGCGCGCCGCGCCCACGGAAGCAAACGCAAGAGGGCGGCCACCACCAAGGAGGAGGAGGAGGAGGGUGGCCGCGAUGAUGAUGGCUGUGUUGACACCAACGGCACCAUCAUCGUCACUGGACUCAGCUUGAACCCCGGCUCCGUCAACGGUACCAUCGUGGGCACGACGGGCAGUGCCACAAUGGGCGAAGACGUUCUGGAGAGUGUCGUGCGCGAGACCAUCGACUGCGCCGGGCUGGCGGCGUCGCAGGCCAUGGAGGGCAUCUCUGACGGCGGCGUCGGCGAGGACGCGACGGUGGCCGUCGGCGCCGGCGACGACCCCCUGCAGCUGCCGCUGGCGUGCGAGCGCUGCGGGAAGCGCUUCGCUCAGGCCCCGCGACUCGCGCGUCACCGGCGCACGCACGACGCGCCGAGGCCCCACGGCUGCCCGCAGUGCGGCGCGCGCUUCAAGCAGCGGCAGCACCUGGCGGCCCACGCACGGCUGCACACGGGCGAGCGCCCGUACGCGUGCGGGGACUGCGGGAGGCGGUUUGCGCGCGGCGCCAAUGCGGCGCGGCACCGGCGCGUGCACACGGGCGAGCGGCCGUACGCGUGCGCCGCCUGCGGCCGCCGCUUCCGGCAGAAGCCCCAUCUGGCGGCGCACACACGGCUGCACACAGGGGAGCGGCCGUACGCGUGCGCCGCCUGCGGCCGCCGCUUUGCCAAACCCUACAGCCUCACGCGGCACCUGCGCUCGGCUGCCCAUGCGCGUAGGACGCAACAACAACAGCAGCAGCAACAGCAGCAGCAGGAGCAACAGCAGCAACAGCAGCAACAGCAGCAACAAACUCCAGCGCAAUAACCUGCCCCAGAGUGGACUGAGGACAGUUUGCGUGUGUUAAUGUUUGUGUAUAUGUAUAACAGCAGUGUGCUCAUGACCAACUCCGGUUUGGCAGCAGAGGUCUCACUUCCAAUCAUUCGAGCAGCAUUAUCUUUUCAUCGCCUGCAUAAGUACCACUCUGUGAAAGCUGCCUGGCCUAUUGCUCAAUAUGGAGCUCCGGGUCUUCUCGGCCACAGUUAUGCCGUUCUUUCUCUAUGCUUUCGAAAUGUUAGUCCCCUUUAAAGGAACACCUGCACUGGCUUGAAACAUUCAGGCUUGCCUGCCUACAAUCCAUCCCGGUUUUAACCAGGCUGCAUUGUAUGAGGAGCUCAUUCACCAUUGAAAGAUCUGGACAUGGUCCCAUUACUGAUAUUUUUGAUAAGUGAGGUCAUUAUUGUAAGAUUAUGUAAACAUAAGGAUUUUAUUAAAUGUAACAAAUGUAAGCAAGUAGAGAAACUGCUUGAGUCAUGUUUAUCCAUAGGACUACCACUGUUGAGUCCCUACCAAGCGGUACUUAUUUUGGUGACCCCAGAGGGAUGAUGGUCCAAGACAACUCCCCAACCAGCUUUUGGUCACACACUCAACCUGGUUUGUGCUCGUGGCGUCUUGGUUUCCAACGAUUGGAGAAUCCUAUGGAAGUUAAUAGUAUCGCACUAUGCUGGAUUAGAUCUUGUUUAUCGAAAGCAAUUUCUUAGCCUUGGUGGCUCUAAGCCCAUAUCCCCCAUGUGUCCUGGGUCCACUUCUUUUCUGUAUCUACACAACCUCAUUAGGUACCACCAUUAAAUAGAUCUCAAUUUUCACUCUUAUGAUGAUGACACUCAAAUUUACAUACACUGCAAAGUGAUGCCUUCUCUGUUCCCUCGUAAUCACUUUAACUCAUCAGAGCUUGAAUGCAGCACAAUUUCCUCCAGUUGAAUGGGGAGAAUCGGAAUAUGUAUUUAUAUUGGAGGAUUCCGAUGAGCCAUGAAGCUUUUUUUACAGAUGUCCAGUAUGGGCAGAUACGAUAGAACAUUGCCCGGUUACAUCCCAUCCUCUCAGCCACUGAUGCGGAAAAAUUAGUUCAUGCUUUUUUUUCUCAAGCAUCAACUACUGCAAUGCCUUACUAUCUUAAUAGUACCUUCAGUAAGGUACUUUGUUGACUCCAGUCCAUUCAGAAUGCAACUGCUAGAGUCUUGACCCAAGCUCCAUUCAGAACAUACCACCCUUGUUCUUGCAUCUCUUUGCUGGUUGCCAGUUAAACUCCACGUUGAUUUCAAGUUCCUCCUCACAUUCAAGGCCCUGAAUGAUCUCGUACCUCCGUUAACAUCAUAAGUUGCUGCGCCCAUCCCCCCAUACAUUCCAACAAUAACUCUUGAGGUCUGUGGACUCAGAUCUCCUCUGCAAUCCCAGAAUGAAGGUCAAAUUCAUUAUGGGGGAUUGAGGCCUUCGCUUCUGUGGCACCUGGAUUGUGGAAUGCUCUGCUGAAGGCUGUGUCAGAGUUUGGUUGGGUUGGGGUCUUCAAGUCUCUAAAAGCAUUUCUGUUUCAGGAAGGUGUUUUCUAUUUUAACUUAGCCAUUCUUACCCACGCCUCCCUGCCCCCCUCCCCCCCAUCGUCAUGGAUGUGCAGCGCCUUGAGAUUUUAUGAAAGACACUUUAUUAGUUAUAAUUAUUAUUUGAAUUCGCAACUGUAUGAUAUCGAGCCGUUCACUCUACCACUGAGCCACCUGGCCAGAUGUCCAAUUUAACAAAGUAAUAUGAAUCCUACAGCUGUUAAAGUUUUUUUUAAAUAAUGUGUUUAUUUUUCUAAUUAUAAAACUAUACAUUGCUAAUAAGGCUGCCUCCUUUUACUGGGCAGGGAGUUUGCAAGUGAAGUGUAGGUUUCUAUUGCUUUCAUUGCAAGCCGCAGAGCCAACAGUCCGCACACAUUUAAAAAAUAGCUUGUAGAGACAAUUGUAACGUGAUGGAUGAGGAACUACAUAAAUAUCAGCUAUUUAACAUAAUCCAGUAUUUAAUGUUUUCCUUAGGACAAGUCACACCAAGGUCUUGAGAAUUCGGAUGAUCCCACAUUGAAUGUUAAAAUUAGUUUUGGUAUUUUUUUUGUGCUGGAGAAAACGAGUGUCGCAGAAAAAACCGACGUGAACUAGAGCAUGACUGGCGAGAGUUGUUAACUGGUAACCGUUUUAAGAUUCGGUUACCGGUUCCGUGAGUCUGGAACCAGUAACCAUUUCCAGUGGAAUGUCAGUAAUGAAUGCAUCGAUUGGCAUGAGCAAAUGUAUAAACCGCACGGCGGGCUAAGUCCACCGCAUGGUACAUUCGCCCUCGUUUCUCAAAUGAGAGGUAGUAGCUUCGAAAGUGCUCUCUCAAGCCACUGCUGCCAGAGGGGCCUUCACUCGAGGAAGCUCUCGGGGGGAAGGGGGUAUUUGGCCUACUCUUGCAUCCUGACCAGACGUCUCAAGAGGUGGGUGUAUUCACACAUUACCCCACCACAUGUAUGUAUGCUGAACUUCUUUCACACCAUAAUGUGUGAAUACAGCCACCUCUUCCAAGACGUCUCGUCAGAUGUAACAAUCGGUCAAAUACCUCCCCGCCCCCCCCCCCCCCCCGAGCGUGUGACCUGUCAGUCAACUGGUGGACCCAUUAUACUGCAGGAUGGACAGAGGCAUGGGGCAACUGAAGGAAGUUGCCCAAUGUUUUAAAGGAACCAGCAACCACACUGGAU